AUGCAAAGACUUGAUAAAAAAUUUGACGAGCAGCUUCCACCUCCCAGUAGGGGAGUGGCCCUGUUGACGGAGCUACUUGAGGUUACCCCAGACGAGGCUACAGCUGAGACACGUCAGGCAAUGGGCCUCAUGUUCGGUUGUCCUGGCUUCGGGACAUGUACCAGAGCAUUCAGGGACUUGGGCCAGGCAGGGGCAUUCUCUUGGGGAGCGGUUGCAUUGGUACACUUGUACGAUCAGCUUAACGAGGCGUCUCAGACCCCUACACGGCAAAUGGCCAGUUACAUUUCACUACUUCAGUGUUGGAUUUACGAGCACUUUCCAUCGGUCCAUAGGUGUGUUGUUGACGAUGGUUAUGCUGAGGCUAGCCCACGUGCCUGUAGGUGGCUUACGGGUAAGGUCCAGAUGACCGGGAUUAAGGGAGCCUCUUACAGAGCACGUAUUGAUGCCCUGACAGUGAUCGACGUCUGUUGGAUGCCGUAUGCUGAACAUCGGGGAGUUCGGGGCUAUGACUUGAUCUCCUCGUACACGGGGCAAGUCAGAUGGGGUCAGAUCAUCGUCUACAUUCGACCAGAGAGGGUGGUUCGGCAGAUGGGAUACAUUCAGACCGUUCCUCCUCCACCGGUUCGUGAUUCAUUGACGGGUACUGAUAUAGAUGACCGGUGGGUACACUUUUCAGAUCAUGUGGUGCCUAUAGGGGAGCUCUGUGUAGUUCCUGGGCAGGUGGCCCUAGACUACAUGGAGUGGUUUUUUCAGAUUUCACACCCUUUUGUGACGCCGAUGGAGGACACUGCUGAGCCGAGACCUGCGCCUCCCCUUCCCACUCAUGAUGAUGACUUCGUCGAGCCACCUAUCGCUGAGGUUCUAGUCACGUCAGAUCCCCCUACGCAUUCUGUGGUUGAUUGCACAGCAUGUGUCAGGAUUGGAAGGAUUGCUGAGCAUUUGGAGCGCGUCAUCAACCUCAAGAUGGUGACGACAGAGACUGACUUAUAUGAUAUCAUGGAUCUUUGUCUGAAGAUAGCUAGAGAUGACGACCCAGAUGACAUAUUUGUUUUUGUAUUUGUUAAAACACAUUGA